GUACGGCGACUCGCGACAGUCGUGCGUCGACAGCGAUACUCUUUAUACGUAUUUGUUGCUGCUACAUGCACGCUGAACUCUCGUGCAACGAAGAUCGGUCUAGUGGAUAUCGAUAUGCAGUGACUGGUAUAGAACUUGAGUGAAUAAACAAUAUGGUGACUGGUAUUUCUGGAAGCCUGCAGCAGGGUGCUUCCAAUCCCGUGAUGGUGGUGAACGGGAAUAUGAGCCCACCGGCUGCGCAGCCAGAUCAGAAGAAGAACAGUGAUAACAGAAGGAGUAACAAGCCUAUUAUGGAGAAGCGAAGGCGCGCGCGCAUUAACAACUGUCUCAACGAGUUGAAAGCACUCAUUCUAGAUGCCAUGAAAAAAGACCCAGCCCGACAUUCAAAGUUAGAAAAAGCCGACAUCUUAGAAAUGACAGUGAAACAUUUGGAAGGACUUCGCUCCGAGAGCGCUGGGUCGCCAGAUCGAUUUCGAGCGGGUUACAGACACUGUGUAUCUGAGGUUGCCAAAUUCACAGGCUUAGACACUGGGCUAAAGAAACGCCUGGUGAAACAUCUUGAGACUUGUGCCUCUGGUGCAAGGUCAGUGAGAGCACCGACACCACCUUCUGAUCCUGAAGAUGUUACCACUUCAAGUCAUUCUACUAUAUUCAUUUCUGCUGGCCCUGGUUCAGGCGUUCGUGUCGUACCAACAAGAUUAGCAAACGGUGAUAUCGCCCUCGUCUUACCUGCUGGUGUCAGCGCCAGUACACUCGGCGCUGUUCCAACAUUAGUACCCUUGUCACCGAGAGACGCCUCAUCAUCGUCAGCUUCAUCCGAACCGAGAUGCUUUUCCCCCGCUAGUUCAGGCUGGGGCUCACCACCUCCCCCCAACGAGGACCCCCAGCGUGCACCUUUAGCUCUUGUAACGAGAAAACCACCGCCAGAAGAGAAACCCUGGCGACCAUGGUGACACUUCUUCCAUUCCAUUUAUUGCAUUCUGUGAUAUAGUUUUAAAUUCAGCUAUUGUACAUAAUGCCAAGAGUGUAUAUUAAGAUAAGAAGAGAGUAUUAAAGUUCCUAGCAUAUAGGUAUACAUAAUAUUAUUUUACCUAGAAGAAAAUAUAAAAUAUUAGUCGAUUUUAUUAAAGUUACUUGUAUGGUCAGUUCUUGAGUGAUACUUUAGAUUUUAUGAGUGAGAUAAUUACAUUAUAUUAUAAGUGAAAGUAGAUUACUACGUGUACAUUUAUGGAAGACAUCUGACGCAGUAUUUUAUGUAUGUAAUAAGAGAGCAGACACUUAUGUUGUUAUUGUAUUACAUUAUGAUUAUUCGUUUAGAACUUAGUGCCAUGUUUAUUUAGCAAACCACUAUUAUAAUUAUUUUUAUACUUAGUUGUCAGAUUUUAUUUUUGUGUAUUAAGAUAUUAAAUGCAUAGGUAUAUUUAUGUAUUAACCGAUAUUAUAAUAAUUUUAAUAGCACAUAGAAGAAUUCUGUGUGCCUUAUACAGCAAAAUCGUGUAGUCUUCCAUAUAGUAUAGAUAUCUCUUAGUUUUUCACUUCGUUUAAUAAGGCUAAAUACAAAGAUAUUCUUAUUUUAAUAGCUAAUACAUUAGUUUUUACAAUUUCUUGUACAAAUAAAUAGUCCUAGCUUAGUUACGGAACAGAUAUUGGUGUAAGUACUCACACUGAUACUAAUUAAAAGGAGUGUCAAAAGCAGUGUACAUUUGAAUAUAAGGUUUAAUAUUCUUAAAUUAUAGUUGAAAUUACACAUUCUGUUAUCCGUGUUUCGAUUUGCAUGCUUAAUUCCGAUACAAUGAAAGCUUCAAAUGGAAUCUAAACAAAACCUCAUCUCAGAUAACAUGAAAUCAAUGGUAUUCCCACUUACAUGCAUUACUGGAGGU